AUGCAAAGGCUAGGCUUCGGUUGCCCGGACCCUGUGAGUGCUGCUGAAAAUCCCAAAUCUUCGGUUGGCAGUGGACCUAUCCAGUCAGUCUUCUUUCUGUUUGAGGACUGCGCCUAUACCAUAGCAGAAGACACCACUGUACAGCAUGAAAGGGCCAAUAUUCUCGAAAGCCUGAAUUGUGUACUCGAUAAAGGGCUAUUUUCGGUUUUGUACCGGGUGUCUGUGAGCAUCUGCCCACUGGAAGGCCACGCCCUUCUGAGUAAGGUCGGCGAAGUGGAUUUCGGCAUCACAGAAUUCCCGAUUGUAUACCUGACGUAG